GUCGUAGAGCGGUCGAUUCAUAGGUUGCAGUUGGAGCAAAAUUAUUCGCAGUAAAGUUUUACAUCGUAAAUUAUAAAUUGUGUAAUUAUUUGUAUCGUGUACUAGUGCCCUUUCUGUGGGAAUCUGGAUUGUACGAAGACACUUUGAGGAUUUUAAUGACGUACCCCCCACACUGUGUAAGCAACAUGCCGACACAAAUCCGUUGCGAUCGCGUGCCCCCUGCGGACGGCAGCUGGGGCGCACUCGACCUUAGACUGUUGCAAGAAGACGACUUACCUUUGGAUCCCCGCACAUGGGGCCGUGCGGAGGUCGGUGCGUGGGUAUCGGCGCGGGGCGGGCUACCCGAGCGCUUCCCUAUGAAUGGCAAGGCGCUCUGUCUCAUGUCACGAGACAUGUUUGCUAGUAGAGUGCCGCGCACCGGACAUCAGCUACACCAGGACUUCAGAAGAAGAUUAGCCAAAGCGUUAGCACUACAGGAAUUCAUUGAGAAGAUGUCAGCUAAAUGAAAGACCAAAAGGAUUUAUACUUAUUAAUAUUUGUUAAAGUAUAAAGAGUGAGGAACGCUAUUUAAUAAGACAGAAGAGUUCAGAGAAAAUGUAAUACUAUUAUUGUAGUUAAAUUGUUACUAUAGUCGUCUAAAUAUUCUUUAGGGGCGUGUUCCCAGGCGAGGCGUUACCGCAAAUUAUUUGUAGCAGAUCAAAUAAAUAAUAUUUGUACACUUACUUAUGUUCCUAUUAACAAUUUUGUAAUUUUAUUAAUACAUCAUUUUUUGUUUACGUGAAAAGACAUUAGUUUAUAGUGAGAUUAAAAUUUGAUAACCAAAUGUAGAUUUAUCUUUUAAUAAUAAUUAGAAUAAAAUAAUGCAAAACGUGAAUUAAUUAAACCAUUGUUAAGUGUCAAUAGUAUGGUUGUUUAAUGUUUUAGGCGCCAUAUUGACAAUCGAAAAUGUAAAUAUUUAUUUAAUCUGUAGUCUUUACUCACGCGUUUAAAAAAAUAUUGUAAAACAGUUUUGUUCAUCGAAGACGUUUAUUUUCAUCGCCUUUUUAUAGAUUCAUUUUACCUUUCUGUUAAAAGUUUAAAUGGCUAUUUUAAACACUACGUUGUUAAAUAUUUCGUGUAGUUAACAAUAUAAGCAUCUGUGUCAGUAUUAUUACCGUUUUGUGUAUAUUAGUUUUAUUUGUAUUACUUAGUUUUAACUGUCCAUAUAGUUUGCAAAGAAACUAAAUGUUAGAUACGCAAAUGUUCUAAUGUCUAGUCAGGACAGGGUGUAAAUAAAUAAGUGAAUUUA